CCUGCUAGUAGCCCAGGCGCAGUGCCUGGGUGCAGCAAGGAAGCCAUGCCAGACUCCACCAUCGACUUCCAGCCAAUGGCAACGCUCCGCCCAGAACGUAUUCUUCCCACGCUUGGGGGCCGCUGUAAGCCUUUUACGACGGCAGGCGCACCUGUGGUACAAUGGAGGUUGGUCCCUGCUUCUUAUCACGCCCUCUUUUGCCUUUUCGGAUACCACCACCAACACCCGCCGACAGCGUGUUCAACUCCAGGCGACCAGACGAAGAGGGCAUUAAAGACUUCAUCCAAGCCAGGCGUCAUCGCAGGCGCUUGGGUGCUGAACUUCGCUGAUUCCCCCCUACCUUAUCUACCUACUUACCCUCCCACAAUCCUCGUCGUCUGGUGGCGGUUGUUGAUCGCUUCAUUCCGCGACGAUGUCGGUGAUGCCAACGAUGUCGAGCGCAACGGUGGUGAAGGUGCGUCUAGUGAAAGCUGUUGCCAUGUUGGUCCUACUUUCCAUUCCUUGCGCACCUGCCAGCGAGACGGAGACCCCUGCAGGUUUUCUGUCUCUGAAUACCACGCUCUUCUACCUGAUGAGAACAAUGACAGCUCUCAAAGGAACCAUCGACUUCUUUCAACGAAAUCAUAAGAUGGUAAACCUCGAUGCUGUUAUCGGCAGUCGCAUCGUUGAAGGUUCGUUGAAAGUGCUCCUGAGAAAUCUAAACGAAAGCAGACAAGAGGACAAGCUUCCCGCGGAAGUGACGUCAGAAAUGUGGACACUUUAUCACAUGGCCAAAGACAUGAGUGACGCAGCCGAACCCCACGUAGCUGAGUCGGAGGCACUGUAUUAUCACAGAAUUGGACCAGUUAUCCGCGAGGGACUGUGGGAACUGAAUUACCCAAUGAGGUCCCUGUCAAGCACCGUGCCUCUAUGGAAGUUUUCUCCCAAGGAAGCGAUGACUGAAACCCAAUCGGACGACUGCUUAACUGAGUUCUUUGGUACCGGAGACACGAAGGAGAAGUGCUUUAUCUCAGAAAAGUGUUGGAAUAGAAUGACGAGCCUGGGCUACAGUCAGUACUCGCUGUCACAUCAGAUUUUCUACCUGCAGAUCGGAGAGCUGAGCGGAUGCAUGGCGCACAUCGUCUGGAACAUUCUGAUGCACAACCAGCCAGGACUGCACGUGCUGCAGGACACCUUCUGCGCCAACAUGCUGCGUGAAGCGGAGAGCUUUGAUCGCGCCGGCCUCCCAGCGGUCUUCCAAGACCUUUUCAUGGAGCAAGGGGCUCUGUGCGGCAUGUACGGGUAUUAUGAGUUCUUCCGUUACGACUGGCUGGAACACAUCCUGGGAUGGCAGGACCGAGCUGAAGGCUGCUACAAGUGGGCUGGCUGGCCUCUAGAGAAGAGUGCUCGCAGAAACUACCGCCUGAAGAGAGAGGAGCGUCGCCUGGAUGGAGGCUGUUUGUGUCACCGCACCACGGUGGCUGCGGCAGCGCUCGUGCAGUACGUGCGUUUUCUGACGGAGGCCUACCUGCAGCAAGCAGCGCAGCUGAUGGACAGUCCGCAGUGAUGGAGACUUACCUACACCAAACAACGCAGCCACAUUACAGUCUAACCCUGACCCUAACCCUAACCCGUGUCUACACAAAGCAACUCUAUGCAGUGACGAAGACAUUAAUUAUGAGAACCGGAAGCUUCGUCCCUUGCGGCCAAUAGAAGCAAUGUGUACGAUAGGAUGAACUCAACUCACAGCAAAAGAUAAAUGAUUUCUUGAACACGUUGCUGGAUUAAGAAUUAUCAGCGCUGUUAAAAAAAGAGGACUUAAUGAAAUUACGACUAAAAAAAUUGCAGUUUUGUCCCUUGUCCAUGCUGAGCAUAGAAAUCACGUGAUAUAUUAAGCAGAACAUAUGAUUCUUGUGAAACUCUGUGGUUCGAAGUCUUGGCAAUAGUUGAUCUCAGUGUUCCAUUGGACAGAACUGCAAAAUAAGGUCACUAUUAAUAGUGAUAAUGACAAGGAAAACUGAAAUUUUUCAACUAUGCUAAGUAAACUUGACAAAUUAUACGCAUAAAUUUAAAAAAACCCUACCCAGAUCAGUUCUUUGAGCAAACUGUUCAAUAUUAAUUUCCUAUUUUAGUUUAAAAAACACACUGAUCACUGAUUUACGAGUCAAAGUCAACAUUAUGGAAAUACAGUGCUCUUAUUGGUGUUCAUAACUGAUUAAAUUAAUUACUUAGUAAUAUUUUUGAAACUGUACAUUUUUCUUUGGUUGCAGAUGUGAGGUCUCGUUUCUAGAUUGACCAUAAGAAAUCAAAUAUUUUAUGAUCAAAUUGUUUCGCUUUGUUUCUUCCUUCCAUCUUUAACAAAUACGUAAAGACUUACUUAAAGGAACAUGCAGAUCAUUAUUGUUUAACUUCAAGUCGUUUGGACUUUGCUGUCCUCAAACGAACGAACGGAGGUCCAGAACUAUGAUGCAAUACGGUGGGAACAUGGCAGGCCAGGAAAGCAUCAUCUAUUUAAGAAAUGAUAUGGUUAAAAAAUGGGACCUGCAGAGAUUUUUCGUCUGAUUUCUGUAAACAUUGGUAGGCUUUUGCCAAGUAAUGUAACUAUAAUGCUUAUAGUUGUUUGCAUGAAACAAUGAGUGCCUAAAUGCAUGGGUCGACGAAAUUAAUGAAAGUAAGGUCCCUCCGUCCACUUAGUUAUUAGUCAAAAGAACUGUUAAGGGAUAUUUUUCUUCACUUUCUCGUCUGAAGAUAUAAAGACUGUGUAAUUCAAAUCAGGUUUUAUUUAAGCAGUUAAUGCAGUACAUGCGUAAAAGUAUGUCGAAUAAAAAAUGCAAUGUUA